AUGCUAACAGCAGAAGAAUUUUAUGAAACAAACAGCGUUGUGGACAACAUUUGCAGGCUCAAUCCAGACCUGCUGGUUGAACCAUGUCAGCACAUCCUGAGUUAUCUGCGAGGACAUUCAAAAGGAGUUGAUUCAGGCGAAAUUUAUGAUAUGUUUCAGAGAGCUGGAGUCACACUUGACCACGAAUCUCUAGAGAACGUCGUCAGAUUCCUCUUAUUAACGUUCAGGUCUGCUGGAAAGAGCAAAGUGUCUGCAGAUGAACUUGUGUCAAGGCUUGAAAAAGGCAGCAACAAGUGGUCCAAAGAGUCACUCCAGGUUCUUCACAGUUUGUGGAAUGAAAACGGAGAGUCGGUGCAAGUCCAUCAGGCUACCCGGGACUUGCUCAGCGUUGGUCGGAUAGUGGACAUGCAGUGGAAGCUGAGCAUGGCAGUUAGCUCUGAUACCUGCCGUUCUCUCAACUCACCCUUUGUGACCAUUCUACUGAAGAUUGCCGAGCCGUCUGGGAAGAUCAACCAGAAGGCUUUGGAGAUGACUGUCCCGCAAUUUCAGAACUUUCACAAGCAGAUGAAGGAGAUGGCGGCUGUCAUGGAGACCGUAUAA